UAACUCUAUGCUUUAACUGUCUAUGAACGCAACCUUUAAAAGAAGCAGAAGCCGAAGCUUGUCUUCUUCCGCAGACAUGGACACCACAAUGAUUCAGCUGAGGUUGUUUGUCCAUCAAAGGCUGUAUACGGCGGCAGAGGAGAUUCUCGGAGAGGUGGAGAAAACCAUAACGUUAGCUUUGCACGAAGCCGACGUCAGUCACUGUGAAUCUGAAGAGCUCCAAAGGCUACGACACCAGCUAGCGUUAGAAGGCUUGCGAAAAAAAUCAGCUGCCGAGCCUUCCCUGACCAUCAGUUCAGUGGGACGUGGAGAUGAAUGUGAUGCCCCACUGCUGCCGGAGAACACUGGUCUCUCACCACCAGAAGAGGACAACUUCAGUCUUGGUGCUGAGUUGCAGGGACCCUCUCACACCAGUGCAGAGCUGGACUAUAAUAACUGGCACUACUGCUUGGUUCACACAGACUUUAAGGUGUUAGAGAUAAAAGAAGAGCGAGAGGAACUUGGGGAUGACCAUCAGACACAAGAGAUGGGUUUUCCUUCUCCGGAAAUUGUGAACAGCGAGCAAAAUCAGCCAGAGACACAACCAUCAUAUGAAUUGCAGCCAGUUGCUUUAGGCUGCCCUUCAGCUCAGAGUGAGAACAAUGACAGUGAUGAGGAGUUGGUUACCAGCAAAGGAGAGCAGAAGAAAACAGUAAAAAGGAAACGAAAGAUGUUUCGAAAGCGAAGGGGCAAGAUGAAUAAGAAGGCAGCAUUGUCUCAUGACAAAAGUUCUGCUAAAAGUGAGAAGGAACGCAGUUUUUGCCAUUUUUGUGGCAAGGGAUUUAAGCUCAUGCUCUGUUUAAAAAGGCACAUACAAAAACAUGAGACCAAAUUUGAUUGCACGGUUUGUGGGAUGAAAUGCCAGUCAAGAGAGCCGCUUGUAGCCCAUUUGAAAAGUUAUCACAAUAACAAAUGGGUUUGUGAUGUUUGUUGCAAGCAUUUUUCCAAAAUUGGUUUUCUCCGGGUCCAUCAAAGAAGAAUGAAGCACAAAGCAGCUGCCGAGCCUUCCCUGACCAUCAGCUCAGUGGGACGUGGAGAUGAAUGUGAUGCCCCACUGCUGCCGGAGAACACUGGUCCCUCAACACCAGAAGAGGACAACUUCAGUCUUGGUGCUGAGGUGCAGGGACCCUCUCAAACCAGUGCGGAUCUGGACGAUAGUAACUGGAACGACUGUUUGGUUCAAACAGACUUUAGAAUGUUGGAGCUAAAAAAAGAGCAGGAGGGACAAGAACAACAUGGGAAUGUUAAUGAAAUGGACCAAGUGGCAUUGCCUCUUGAAAAAAGUUCUGCCAAAAUUGAAAAGGAACACAUUUUUCGCCAUUUUGGGGCAACGGAUGCCAGUACACCGGCUUUUUAAUGAACCACAUGAGAAACAUUGCACUGUUUGUGGGAUAACAUGCCAGUCCAAACAGGAGCUGAUAACUCAUGUGAAAAGUUGUCACACCGAAACAAAUUUUUGUGACGUUUGUGGCCAGAUGUUUGCCAAUAUGCGCUGUGUCCGGCUGCAUGAAGUAUGGCACAAAGGCCUUUAAUUUGUGCAAACAUUUUCCCAUCAAGAGAGUCUGACUGUGUAUGUCAAUGUGGCUUUUGUGGCGAACAUUUCAUUACUAGCAGUAACCUCCAGAGUACACAUGAGAUACUAUCCAUUUUGUAGAAGGGCAAAGAGGACUAGACAUAGAACUUCACAUACAGGAGAAUGCCAAAUGCCUUCCAUGUUUGUGGUAGCAGAUACAGAUUUCCAGUUGAUUUAAAGUUGCAACUGCAAACUCAUGAAAAAGCAGACCACUGAAUGAAAACAAUUACAGUAUAUUAAACAGGCAGACCAUGUCCAAGGAGUAGCCGGGCCCUCCACUGCAGAGGGUCCCAGGCUUUUAUUUGAAGCAGGGUUAGUAGUUGCAAUACUGGUUAUCUUUGCUACACGUUCAUUUCAAAAGUGGUCGGAUCACCCAUUAAUCGUUUUUAGGUCAGUUUAGUCUGUUCUGUUUAAGUUAGCAUAGUCUGAAUUCAAUUCUGAUAAGUUCACCUGUUUUAUGGGCCCAGAACGUAAUUAAGUCUGUAAGUUUUGUUUAUUUUUUGUUAAAUAAAACUUAUCUUUUGAAAACCCA